AUGGCUAAAGCUUAUAGGAAAGAUGAUUUUGAAUAUUUGAUGGAAAAGAUUGAAAAAGCUGAUUCGAGAGCAAAAAAAUAUUUACAAAAAGCUGGAUAUGAAAAAUGGAGUAGAUGUCAUUCACCGAUAAAUAGAGGCUUCUUCAACAUAUAUAUAUAUUCGGUUUAUGAAUCUGGGAGAAGAUACAUUGUUGAUCUAGAAAAUGGCUCAUGCAACUGUGCAAAGUUUCGAAUAGAUCAAAUAUCUUGUGCUCAUGCUAUAGCUGUAUUGAAGUCUAACCAUGUAAAAGAUUUUGGAGAAUACUAUUCAGAAUACUACAAGCCAAACACAUUGGUCAAGACAUAUGAAGUUCCAAUCGUGUCAAUGUCAGACAAGAAAGACUGGGAUGUUUCAAGCAGUGUAGAUGAGGAAGAAGUGUUGUCACCAUUAUACAAAAGACUUUUAGGUAGACCGAAGAAGGAGAGGAAGAAGAAAUCAAGUGAAACACUUUCUUCAAGUACAAACCGUUGUGGACGAUGCAGCCAUGAAGGACACAAUAGACGUUCAUGUAGUUAUUUUUCAAAGGAGAACUAG